AAACCAUAAUUACUGCUUCAUUUUGGGCCCUGGCUGCAGAGUGUAAGAGCGCGGGCCACAGUGGCGUCCUGAUCCCGAUGAAGUGCGACCUGACCAACGCGGAGGACAUCCAGUCCAUGUUUGCAGCCAUCAAAGCGCAGCACAAAGGCGUGGACGUUUGCAUCAACAACGCCGGCCUGGCUCACCCCGACUCUCUGCUGAGCGGCAAAACCAGCGCCUGGAAGAACAUGCUGGACGUGAACGUUAUGGCUCUGAGCAUCUGCACUGGUGAAGCGUACCAGUCGACGAAAGAACGGAACAUUGAUGAUGGGCACAUCAUGAACCUGAACAGAUACGCUUAGUUGCUUAGGAAAACACUGCUUAGUUCAAUAUCAGUACUUCUUUGUAAAUGUUGCCCAUGUAGACAUCUUUGUCUAUGACAGCAUCUGUG